AACAGGAAGUAGCUCUUCCUACUCCACUGAUAGAGCCAACAAUUCUGCUGGAAAUGCUUGCAAAGCAGGAAAUAUUUAUACCACUGAACUACACACCCAACAGAGUGAAACUAUUCCUUCACUUAGUUUUUUUGUUUUGUUUUUUACAAAAAAAGCAUCAGUUCAGUGACUCAGGUGCUGAUCUUUUCUUUUAAUAGCAGAGGUUUAUGUUCUCUGAUUUAUUUCUAUUGGAGUUCUCAACACUUCCUGUCAUCCCACUUUAAUGUUUCCUGGACUUCCUCUAUGAUCCCAAACACGGUACUUCAUAUGCCGUGUUUGUCAUCUAUCUGCAAUCAGACGAGCAAAACAUCUGAAUCCGACCGAAUGUCACGUUGAUGUUUACUGUAUGUGUCUGAAAGGCCAGCAGGCAGAGCUGACCUCACGCUUCCUGUUUCCUUCGGCCCUCGUUGGUUCUGGAUGCUCCUUCACAUUCACCUCACACAGAGAAACAUGGCGGGUCGGUUCUGCUUCAUGUCCGUUUUUCUGCUGCUCUUUAUGUUGCAGCUUUCUGCCUCCAGUCUAAGUAAAGUCGUGGUCCAGACGGACAAACCCACAGGAAUCUUCCUGCUGAUUGACGGAGGAGAUUACACUUUGAACUUCACCGACGCACAAGCGGCGUGUUCGCUUCUGAAGGUCACCAUAGCAACAAUAGCUCAGCUGGAGGAAGCAGUACGGCACGGACUGGAGACAUGCAAGUAUGGCUGGGUGGCUGAGAAGACGGCGGUCAUCCCACGGAUAAAAUCCGACAACAACUGUGGAAAAGGAAACAAGGGGCUAGUCCAGUGGAAGGCGCCGCCUGACAGGAAAUUUGCAGUGUACUGCUUCAACGCUUCAGGUACCAACCGGCCCGGUCCGGUCCGGCCCAUGCUUACAGAUCAGAACCAAACUCUGGACCCGUCCACAGCCAGCCCACAGUCUCCCAGCUCCUCCACCUUACCGGAAGCUCUGGGCCCAGCCUCGUCAUCUGCUGCUCCUACCUCCAGAUCAUCCACCCAGACUCUGCCUGCAGUGGGAAAGACAUCUACACCUCAGCCCACCGAGCUGGCGCCUUCAGCUGCAGCCUCUGUUACCAAGACAACAGACUUGUCUUCGUCUUCCUCCCCUCUCAAACACCUGUCCUCACAUAUUCCCGUUUCUCCGCAUCGCCUCAUCGCCUCCACGCCCGCUGGUGUCACUUUUAGCUUUCCAACCUCCACUCAGUCCCCAAGUUCCUCCGUCUCCUCUGAGCCGGAGCUGGAACCAUCCGUUGGGUCAACACGCCCCCUGCUGGACGCUGCUCACAUCAGUCUCAUCAGUCUCAGCAUCGUUCUCCUGCUUCUCAGCGCAACGACGGCUUGGUGGUGUUACAAAUCGAAUGUCAUCCGCUGGUAUGUCCGGCACCACAAGGACGACAUAGAGACGGAGAUGUGGAGGAACUCCCACAGUGAGAUGGACCUACACAGUGAAGACGGAGCAGCAGUAGAACACGAUGAAGAACUAAGCACAAAAUACUCCAGUGAUGUCACACUCUGUGUGAAUACAGGGACGGAAACAAAGUCUGCAGAGUAGCUGAUGUUUCUGCUGUCUGGUUUAGUUUUUUACAGGCCUGGAUGAGGCACAACAGACUGAACCCAUAUGGAAAUUCCUGGACAACAGGAAAAAAGUGAUUUAUCUGAUGAAGCAGACCAGUCAUAGUUGGUUAGACUCCUUUUAUCCAACAUGGUUUAAUAUUUUUGAUGUUUUCUAAUGGCGUUGGGUGAUUCAAGAAGCAUCCAUGUUUGUGUUGCUCUUUACCUUGACGUAAUGGUUAAAUAUAUAGCUGUAGAGAUUAGGAAUACAACAAUAUGAAAAUUUGGAAUGAUAUUGAUAUCCGAUGUAUUAUUACUCUUGUGGCUGAUAACCAUUCUUAUAUAUCUCACUACCCUUUUGAUACCCAUUAUAAAAAACAACCAGCCUGCUGAGUUCACCACUGCGUCUGUGCUUCAGUUAAACUCCCCACAAUCCUUUGCUGCAUCACUGCCACUGUCACAUGACCAACCUCUUUCACUCCCCCUCCAGAAACAAACAGCAAGAUGGAAAUAAAUAUCGGUUGAUAAUACUGGCCCACUUUUAAUUAUCGGGCCAAUUCUGAUAUGUUAAAAAAUGACAAAUCAGCCAAUACCGACGUUAGUGCCGAUACAUUGUGCAUCCAUAGUAGAUAUUAUGUCGGAAUGGAAAACCAACAGUACACACGUUCCAAUAAUAACACCAAGAAUUUUUGUAUUCCUUAUUCAGCAUUCGGUUGCCAUGUCAACGCCAUUGUUCAUUUAACAUGGUGUAUUUUUUUACCCAGAUUGUUGAUUUUGCUGGUUGUGGAUGUUUUCAGUGCACAUUUACAGACUGGAGGUGAGUUGAGUUCAAGUCUGAACUUUGACUGGGCCAUCAGAUGUGCUUGGUUCCAUUUAAAGUGUUGUAUUGCAUUCUGGCUGCCUCAUCAGUAUUAUAAUCAUUGUGUGCAGGAAGUGGUGAAUCCUUGCAUACUGAACUGCAGAUAAAGGCAGGGGUCUACAGUAUUAUAUAUUAUUUUCUACAUGCAAGGUGUCAUGUGAGAAUGUCAAUGUCUUAAUGGAAAAACCAGCAUUGCAUUUAUAUCAAUUAAGGGGAAGUUAAGUACGCUAACAUAGCAAUACUAACGUGCUAAACAUUAGUUUAGCAUGUCUAGCACGGAAUACCACUAUAACUCAAAAAAUACAUGGCGAGUAAUAAGUAUUGGCAAAUUAUAUCAACCCAUCCAUGCACUAUAUGACAACAAUAGAUAUUUGAUUCUUGUUCUUGGGUGGAAAAAUUGCAGGAACUACAUUAAGAAGACAUAAAGAAAUAAAAAACAUAUUUUUUUCUACUC